AACGUUGGUAUUUCUUUUUAUUAUGUUAGACGGUGUGGUUUAAUUCAAAACGGCACCGCGAGUAUGCCCAACGGUGCCGCUGUACUAGCAAACGACAGUGUUGAAAAUAAACGAUGUCGCGGGUAUAAUCAAGCGGUGUUGUUUAGCUAAAAACGACACCGUUUAAGGCACCAACAACGCCGCGGUAUUACUAAGUGAUGUCGUUUAGUUAGAAACCAUACCGCAAUGGUUUGGAUUUUGGCGAGUGGCCCGGCAAGCUCAACGACACCGCAAGACAAGAAAAACGGUACUGCUUGGUAGAGAACAAUGUCGCGGAAUGAAAAACGACAUUGUUUGAUGGGACCGGGACGGAGCAGUUCAAGGUCGGCAUCGAUUAGUGAAAAGCGAUGUCGCGGAAAGAUUAAACGACGCUACGGGAGGUAUCAACGACAUCGCGGUAUCAUAAACGAUAUCGUUUGGUUAAAAACGAUAUCAUAGUGGUUAAGAGCUUGGCCAAGGGUGGCCCGCUAGGUCCAACGCCACUGUUAUCCCAAAACAACAUCGUCAUUGUAGCUUUGUUCCACGUGAGAGUCACACAGAAUCAAAAUCGAGGCGGUUGAGACACGUGGGAGUUCACGGCGGAGCAGUUGAGGAAGCGGUUUCAUGGAGCGUGAAGGCUACGAAGAUGUUUUUCAAAUAAAAGCAGUGGAGCAAGGAGAGAAAGGGACAACCAAAUCAACACAGAAACACAUCUGUCAAACUUUACCUUUUUCAUCUGUAACUCCUUCGCGGAGCUCUCCUUCCAGGAAGGAUCUCCAUAGUUGUAGUCUUAGUCGUAGUCGCGGAGCUCUCCACAGGAAUCUCCAUAGGAGUAGCGGUAGCGUAGAUUCCUCAAAACUCAAACACCCUCGUUCAAACGUAGUUUGGAGAGGUGCGAACCGUAGUAACGGUCGUUCUUGGUUAGAAGUCAGAGGUGCAUCGAUCAAAUCAACACCGCCCGGCGGUGGAUAUUUGACGGUCACGUUGAUUUCACCAUUUAGAGGUGCAUCGAUCAAAUCAACAGAGCCGACAUUCGGCGGCGGAUAUUUGACGAUCGUCUCGAUUUCAGGAAUCAACGGUGCAUUCGAUCAAACGGCACCGCAAGAAUUUCCAUCGCGAAACAUCAAAUCAACAUCGCCGCAAACCAAAUUCGGCACCGGCGAUGGUAUUUGGUUUUCUCCGGAAACAGAAUCGCAAGCCACACUCCAAAUAAAUCCGCAACUAAUGUACCAAAGUAGUGAAAGUACUCGCAAACAGAAAAAGAUCCAUAAAAUUUGUAAUUCGUGAUCUAAUUAAAUAACAUCUUGCUUUAAACAUCCGAAGAGUCAAAUUCAUGGUCUAAUCACACAAACUGGGCCCGAAGCAGGCCUUGCAGAAGAGUUGGGCAGUCCGUAAAAAUUUUGGGCCCAAGCACAUCACUCGUUGCACAUUAAGCGGCGGUAUCAACCCUAUCUUGGAUUCAUACGAAGGUUUUUAUACUCUCUUUUUCUGCCGUCAUUCUUCACGAGCCAAACGAUUCUUCGAAAGCAAACGAAUCCUCCCAAAACGCUACAUGCAACACUAAACCCUACUCGCCGUCGCUGCCGAGGCCGGUUUCUUUCCCCCCUUUGCGUCGUUUUAUUUCUGUUCUUGAUCAGUAAUCGGCGAUGGCUGAACCCCCGAUUCCGGCCGCCGUUCACGGCGACGCCCCAGCUCCCUUCAAUGCCGUCUUCAUCGACACCAACCUCGACACUCACUUGGCCGUGACGGUCGCUUCCCCCGACACCGUUGCCGAUCUCAAGAGAAAAAUCACGGACGAGCAUCCGCUGUGUUUCCCCCAGGUUGGAGAAAUAAAAGUCGAUGGAUUGAAGGUCCAAAGGAGAGGGGUUUUCUAUUACUUGUCAGAGUCAAUGCUUGUGACAAAUGCCUUUGCUGGGGUUAACAAUGGUUGGUUUGUUAGUGUUGAAGCUUCUAUUGUUCCCAAGGAUCAGGAGAUUGAGCAUGAAGAGGUCAACUUAGAAUUAAUGAUCAUGGACAAUGGUUCGGAGGAGGAAGAUGUUAAUGUUGUUCUAGAUGGGCGUCACGAUGCUAUGUUGGGAAGGGAUUUGUUGGGUUCUCAAAAGGAGAGCAAUGACCCCGUUGAAGUUGCCCGGGGAGCUCAACUUGUGGGUGGUGAUGAUUCUGGUGACAAAGUUGUGUCAAUGGUGCCGUUGGUUAGUGAUGAACUUGUUAGAGAAGAUAAGUUUGAUGAGGAAGGAGCUCGGGAGAUGGAUGCUGAAAGAGCAGAAACUGGAAAAGAGUUGAGUAAGAUUGAUGCAAGCAGUGUAUUGCCAGAAGGAGCUUCUGAUGUGAAGGAAAAACGUAAGAAGAGAAAGAGAAGUAAAAAGGCCGCGGAUGAUCUUUCUGUUAAAGAAGUUGAUGUGUCAAGGCACAAGUUGGCAUCCAAGGGAGGAGAGGGAGAGAUUACACUACCUGAGACUACUGCUUCGCAGGAAAGAAGUGAAGUAGGCAUUGAUGCUAUGCAGGUCAUUGUUUCAGAAUCUAAUGCAAUGACUUGUGAGCCUCCUCUAUCUCAGCUACCUACAAUAGGUGAACAACAACUUGCGACUACUACUCUGGAAGGCCCAAAUGCUGAUGGUGUGGUAGCAGUUGAUCAAUUGGCCAACCAAAGCUUCGCGAAGAAGAAAAGAAAAACCAAAUCUCUUAAGAAUGUAGAUAAACAAAAUGUUGGAGUAACUCCUGGUGAGGCGAAUGCUGGUGAAGAGGUACCUCUGAAGGAAGCUGGAAUUAUUAGUGGCAAUGUUGCUGAAGAGCCACCUCAUUCAGAAGCACAUAUGACGGAGCCUUCAGCUGUUUCUUUGGUGGAGAAGGACCAUGAUCCUCUCCAAGAGCAACAGAACAAUCUUCCUUCACAAGCUAUCAAUGAGUUUCAGGAACCAACAACUAAUGACAUGAAUAGAGUUGAAACAGAACAAGAUGUGCCCAAGACGGGUUUGACAGAAGUGCACAGAGAAGUUGUUGAUUCUAUAUCUUGCGAGGUUGAUCCGUAUGUGGAUGAUGGGAAAACAUCGAAGAAAAGAAAGAAAUCCAGAAAACAUAAGGCACUCAUGAGUGGAACAGUACCAGUUCCUUCAGAUGCUGAUCAUGUUAAAGAUUGUUAUGAUGUACCGGAGAAAGAAGGUAAGGCUGAGAAAUCAUUUCUUGAAGCUGCUGAAAAGGAGGAUGUGAAAGAAGCGGCGGCAGCUGAUAGUCUGAGGUCUUCUCUUUUGGUUACAGAUAGGGAAAUUGACGAGGUUAUUAAAAACGUGGUAGAAUCUGCACAGCGGACCACAAAGACUGAAACUGUUGCAGAAAACAAAGAAGUGAAAUCAAGGAAGAAAACAAAGAAGAAGCAUGGUUCAGAUGGUAAGAGCUCCGUACUACUGACACAAGCAGAAGACAAGUGCACCGACGAAAGUAUUCCAGCUCCUUCCACCGCCAACAUUUGUGGCACAGAUUCUUCUAGAAUCCCUUAUGAUGCUAAUCUGCGCAAUCGGAGUUUCAAAGACCUAUUAGAUAGAGCAGAGAUUGGGUCUCCUCCUGAAAAAGUUCGCGGCAAUGCAGAUAAUGCCAGCAAGGUUGAUGGAGUCGACUUCAGCUCUUACUUCACCCCAAAAGAACAGAAUAAGAAGACUGCUAAUCCUAUUCCUAGUGAGGUUACUGGAGCUUGGACUAAAGCGAAAAGUGAAAAGAAAAGUGAAGUACACGAGGGAAACCUGCAUGACAUCUCUCCCAAGUUACCUGGGCAUCCAACUUUGAAGGAGAAACUUGGAGCCAGUGCAAAGCCUCAGGAGAAGAAACCAGUACCUGGUACAGUAGAUAAGCGAAAAGCUCUUUGUGAAGUGGCUCAAGAUUCAAUUUCUCUGACUCGUCCACUUGGUGGUAAGUCGAAGAAGCGCAUGGAGCAACAUCAUUCCGAGAGUUCGACAAACUCGACUUUCCACACCAAAAGAGGCAAGACAGAUCCAUCUCAAAGCCAGUUAACUGUUGUGACUGGUCGAAGAGGUAAUAAUGCUCAUCCAGGCAAAGUUGUGAAUGGCAUGGCUCAUCCAAAGAAGGUUGUUGCAUCAAGAUCACUAUUCAAGCAGGAUCCAUUCAGUGAUGAUUCAGACGAUAGCUUGGAACCCUAUCAUUUUCCAUCCCCACCCAACCAGUCACGUGCCAGCUCCCCGGAGACUUAUUCCAAUAUCUCGGUAUCUGCUGUCGACUCGGAUGGUGAGACUGAUACAGGGUUCGACAGCAUGAAUAGAAAUGGCAUUAGUGGUCGAAAAGGCAUGAAGACGCCAUUCUCCUCAGGGAUUCCUCUGGACACAAUCCUGAAAAGUUCAAAGAGAUAUAAGAAGGCCAAGCUGGACGCCGAAUCACAGCCGGAAGAUUUCGUCCCCUUCAGUCCGAGCCCAUCAAUAUGAUUAAAUCUUUGAAAUCCUUGUGUCGCCAUAGAGGCACGCAUUCUUGUGUUCGUACGGAGCAAGUCAUUUUCCUUGUUUGUGUGGUUUAUGAUUUAUCUGCAGAAGAACCUAGUUUUGGAGUUAGUUUGUGGGUAGAUACAUAAGUGGGUUGAUGCGUCGAUGGAAGGCAUCAUUUUCCUUUGGUUUUGAACAAGUUGGAAUUGGUUGGCACUUGGCAUUUGCACACCCCCAACAAUCUUUUUUCUAUUUCCGGAAUAUUGGCUGUUGGAUUUAUGUUGCGAAGCAAAAGGUGCAUAGCGAGAUGCCGAUAUCUAAUCUUCUUGUUAUUAAUUUGAUGGAUAGCUUACUCGGUCAUUAAUAUGUUGGUUAUUAUAAAUAAACGAUUGAUCAAAUU